CGCGAUCAAGGCUAUAACUCUCCGCAGCAGCCGAGAGCGGAGAAGGCGGAGAGGCGCUCAGCAGGGUUCGAACUCGUGCAGGAGAGAAUCAAAUUUCUUUUGAGAAGGGGUGGAAGGAAACGCAGCAACAGAAAGUCCCGCAAGAUCCAGCGUGCAGUCGCAAAGUAGAAGAGGGAGGCAGGGGGCUGCAGAAACCGCAACAGUUUUGCAGAGAUCCUCCACCCUUUCCCCGGUCCGUGAGAGAGAGAGAGAGUAACUGUUAGGGCAGGAGCAUCAACAGCAUGUACGGGUGCGUGCUGAGCCUUCUCGUGCUGCUCUGCAGCUGGAGCCUGAGUGACUUUCUGGUGGAAGCUUGUACCUGCGUCCCAAUUCACCCUCAGGAUGCUUUCUGCAACUCUGACAUUGUCAUCCGAGCCAAGGUAGUGGGCAAGAAGCUUAUGAAGGAUGGACCUUUUGGGACGAUGCAAUAUACCGUCAAACAAAUGAAGAUGUACAGGGGUUUUGACAAGAUGCCACAUGUUCAAUAUAUCUACACAGAGGCCUCUGAAAGCCUUUGCGGGGUCAAGCUGGAGGUCAACAAGUACCAGUAUUUGAUUACAGGCCGAGUUUAUGAUGGAAAGGUUUACACUGGACUGUGUAACCUGAAUGAGAAGUGGGAUCGACUGACUCUCUCCCAGCGCAAAGGACUCAACCAUCGUUACCACCUCGGUUGUGGCUGCAAGAUUAAGCCCUGCUACUACCUUCCAUGCUUUGUGACCUCCAAGAAUGAGUGCCUGUGGACAGACAUGCUUUCCAGCUUCGGCCAGCCAGGGUACCAGUCAAAGCAUUAUGCCUGCAUCAAGCAGAAGGAGGGCUACUGCAGCUGGUACAGAGGAUGGGCACCUCCUGAUAAAACAACCAUCAAUGCUACAGACCCCUGAACACCCCCUUUUCUUUGUUCCUUCCCUCCCAUGCGACCGAGCAUUCUUUGGACACUAACUCAUAUCAGAUCAUGAUGACAACCAUGAUAUUAGUGCCUGUUUCCAAGGGCGUACCCACCACGGGGCAAGUUAGGGCAGCUGCCCUACUCUAGAAGCCAGCUGCCCCCCCACAAGGGCGUACCCACCGCGGGGCAAGUGUGGGCCGCAGGAUGCCCCUC